CGGUGCUUCAUGGGCACCAACUCAUGUGAAAAAGCCCUUAAGAAACUACUGAAUAAUAAUUUUAAAAUGUUUACGAUGUCCAAGCUUCCGUAAUUGUAAAUGCAAUCAUUAUUCCCGGUCCUUUCAUGUACGUCAUAUAAAAAUUGUUGAUAUAUUUGAUACAAUAUUAAUAAAAGGAAAUACAGGUAUGAGGAAAUGUGAGCUAGAAGUACCAUAGAUGUGAAUGAAUAAUUCGAAUCAUUCCAAAAUCAUACAGUUCCUCUAAAUGAUUAUCAUAGUUUUGUGAACUUACAAUUGUUAUAAUGUAUAUUCUAACGCAAAUAUUUUUGACACAUUUAUUAUUUUCGUAUCUUGUAAUUGGUGGUCCGGAAGAGGAACAAGGUGUUAAAUAUGCAAAUAAAUGCGAAGUUUGCAAAGUUGUGGCUAUCGAAUUAGAAGCUAAAUUAGAUGAAACCGGUAAAACGCACGAUGUACUUGAAAUUGGAUAUUCUGUUGAUGAUGUUUCACCCAAGAGGAAAAAGGAAUACAAAAAAUCAGAAUUACGUUUAGUAGAAAGUAUGGAAAAUCUGUGUGAACGUAUAUUGGAAUAUAAUAUUCAUAAGGAACGUACAGAUAGUACACGAUUUGCCAAGGGAAUGAGUCAAACAUUUAAAACACUUCAUGGACUUGCGCACAAAGGUGUCAAAGUUGAUCUAGGUAUCCCAUAUGAAUUAUGGGAUAAACCAUCUGUUGAAAUUACUACUUUAAAAUCACAAUGUGAAGAUUUGAUUGAAAAUCAUGAGUCUGAUAUUGAAGACUGGUAUCAUAACUAUCAAGGAAAAGUUCCUUUAACUAGGUAUUUGUGUUCAGAAAGAGUAUUAAAGGAUGAUGACGAUUCUUGUCUAAAAGAAAAAGGUGAUACUAGUGGUGAAGUUAAAAAGAAAAAGAAAAAGAAGAUGCAAGUUACAAAAGUUGAAAACAAAGAAAAUGAUGUGAAAGAAGAACUAUAAACUAUUCCAAAAAAUUAUUAUCAUCAUUAUUGCUAUUGCUAUUACUAUAAUUCAUAAGUGAAACACUUUUAAUUCAUAAUAGAAAAAUUAAUGGCAACAUAUAAAAAAGAUAAAGUGACUUAGAAAAUACAAGUAGAAUAAUAUUAUGUAAUAAUA